AUGACAGAAUCAUACGAUGUCGUAGUCGUGGGCGCUGGCUGGUUCGGUCUCGCCGCCGCCAAAGCCAUCAGACAAAUCGAGCCAGAUGUAAAGCUCACUGUCCUCGAAUCGGCCGAGUCAUGCGGUGGCACUUGGUCCAAGAACAGACUCUAUCCCGGUCUCAAGUCCAACAACAUGAAAGGCACAUACGAAUUCCCCGACUUUCCAAUGACGGAAAAGACAUAUGGUGUCAAGCCAAAUAACCAUAUUCCUGGUACCGUCCUCCAUCGGUAUUUGACGGACUUCGCCAAAGCUUUCGACAUCUAUGAUCGGGUCCAGUUUAAUACAUCAGUCGGCUUGGUAGAGCGCAAUGGCGAUGCUGGCUGGCGGCUAACUCUUACCUCGCCUCAGGGCAGCCGCUUGAUCACUACCCAGAGGCUCGUCCUGGCCACUGGUCUCACCUCGACGCCAAAUAUGCCCUCUUAUAAGAACGCUGAGGCAUUCGGUGCUCCUCUCUUCCACGCCAAAGACUUUUGCAAAAGAGCUCCUGACCUGAAUGUCAAAAAGGCUAUCGUGGUUGGUGGAGCAAAGUCCGCCUUCGACGUCGCAUACGCUUUGGUGCACGAUGGAGCAGAAGUUGACUUGAUAGUUCGUCCUACUGGCAACGGACCCGUUUGGAUUGCACCACCGUUCGUCACACCCUUGAAGAAGAGGCUAGAUCAACUUCUCAACAUCCGAUGGAUGACUUGGUUCAGUCCCUGUCCAUGGGGGGAAGCAGAUGGCUAUCCUGGUGUUCGGAACUUCCUCCACGGUACAGCCGUUGGCCGCUUCAUCGUCAGCAACUUCUGGAAAGCCUUGAGUGGAGAUGUCAUCUCGGCCAAUGGUUACGACUCUCAUCCCGAGCUUCAAAAGCUCAAGCCUUGGCACUCUGCUUUCUGGAUUGGUAGUGGACUGAGUAUUCUCAACUAUGAUAGCUCCUUGUUUGAUCUUGUCAAGCAGGGUAAGAUCAGAGUGCACAUUGACGACAUCGAAUCGUUGGAACCCGGAAGAGCGAUUCUUACGUCCGGCAAUGUCAUUGAAACAGAUGCCAUCAUCUGCUCUACGGGCUGGAAGAAGGAGUCGACUAUCAAGUUUGCUGAAGAUAACUUGGGCCUCGCCUACUCGGCAGAUAAGAAACGAGAAUUGAGCCAAGCUGCCGACGCAACAGUGCUCUCUUUAUACCCCGCCCUGAAGAACCAGCCUCAGCUCAACGUCAAACCCAAACAGGCCGACCCUCUUCGAUACUAUCGCUUCAUAGUUCCAUCCGGUAUGGUCAAAUCACGGGAUCUCGCUUUUGCAGGCAUGAUCUCAACAGUGAGCACCGCCACAUGCGCAACUAUCCAAGGCCACUGGAUCGCAGCCUUCCUCGCCGGAAAGAUUGAUAGUGUUCCCACAUCUGAGAAGGAGAUAACCGACGAGAUAAUGCUGCACACACAAUGGGGCAAGUGGCGUUACCCCUGCGGCUAUGGCGCUGAUUUACCCGAUCUUGUGUUCGAGGGACUUCCUUAUUGCAAUAUGCUUAUGCGGGACCUCGGCCUCAAGACACAUCGAAAGCCCAGUCGAUUCCAGGAGCUUACGUCUCCAUAUCUCCCUGCUGAUUUCUGCGGACUCGUUGAGGAGUGGAAGAGUAAGGAAGGAAACGAUAUUGAAAUACAGGGUUUGGAGGUCCAGGAGGUCAGGGCAUCGGCCAAGAAGGCUUAA